CUUACGUUUGCAAUUUUUUUUUGUACAGGGCAAGGAUACGUGCGUAUUGAUAUCUGGGGAGUCUGGCGCCGGGAAGACGGAGGCUUCCAAGUUCAUAAUGAAAUACAUAGCGGCGAACACCACACAGGUGCACAGGGAAUAUAUAGACAGAGUAAAGAACGUUCUAAUUCAAUCGAACUCGAUCUUGGAGACUUUCGGCAACGCGAAGACGACUCGCAACGACAACUCGUCGCGUUUCGGCAAGUACAUGGACAUCCACUUCGACUACAAGGGCGACCCGGUCGGCGGACACAUCAGCAACUAUCUUCUCGAGAAGAGUCGGGUGGUCGGCCUGCAGCCCGGCGAGAGGAACUUCCACGCUUUCUACCAGUUGUUAAGCACGAACAACGCGCAAACGAAGAAUUUCGGUCUAUCGUCAAGCGCGGCGUACAAGAUCCUGGGCAGCGAGAGGACGACGGCGCAGGAUUCUAAACUUUAUUCUGUUACCAACAGUGCCUUUACUGCUUUGGGCUUCAGCAGCUCUGUCGUCGAGGAGAUAUGGAAUAUCGUAGCUGGAGUUGUACUACUGGGCGAGCUGACGUUCAGCGAGUCUGCGGAGGGGCAGCUGUCGGUGGGCGGGCCGCUGCGUGCGUGCGUGCGCGCGCUGGGCGUGGCGGAGGCGGCGCUGCGCGCGGUGCUGCGCGCGCGCGUGCUGGCGGCGGGCGGCGAGCUCGUCAGCAAGGACCACUCGCUCUCCGACGCGCACUACACGCGCCUCGCGCUCGCCAAGGCCGCCUACGACCGCCUCUUCACAUGGAUUGUGCAGCAGGUGCAUAUAGGAAUCUACUCACACACAUCCUGAAACUCCGGGUUGAUA